AUGGCGGCUUCUCGCACUGGUGUUGUCGAGAUACUUCCAGGAGCAACUCCAGCAGCAGAUCCAGAUGAGACUGAUGUGAUUCCUGAGAGGAAAAACCAGAUCAGGCUGGUUCUGCUGGGGAAAACUGGAGUUGGGAAAAGCGCCACUGGAAACAUCAUAAUUGGGAGAAACGUGUUCAAAUCCUCCAUCAGUUCAAACUCUGAAACUAAACAGUGCCAGUCAGAAACUGCGGUCAGGAUGGGUAAAGAGAUCGCAGUGACUGACACUCCUGGACUUUAUGAUAAUAAACUCAGUGAAGACAAAAUUAUAACCGAAAUAGGUAAAUGCAUAACAUUAUCAUCUCCAGGACCACACGCUUUUAUUAUUGUCAUUAAAUUGGGUCGAUUCACUGAGGAGGAGAAAAACACAAUAAAAGAGCUGAAAGAAGUGUUUGGAGAACAGAUAGAAAAAUAUUCCAUGAUCAUCUUCACUCAUAAAGAUCAGUUAGAGAAGAAAAAUAUGACCAUUGAGCAGUUUCUACAGGAAAGUGAUCCAGAUCUUAAAGAACUUGUACAAAGUUGUGGAAACAGAUUCUUCUGUCUGGACAAUGAGUCUGCUGGUUACCCACAAAUCAAAGAUCUGAUCAGUAAAAUAGAGACUAUGGUGGAAGAAAAUGGAAGCCACUUUACAAAUGACAUGUUUGAGGAAGCAGAGAAAUACAUUCAGGAGAUUCAGAAGCAAACUUUACGUGAGAAAGUGAAGCAGUUCAAAGAGAAGAACAAACGGGUCAAUCAAUCAGAAUGGCAGAAAAUGUACAGACGUUUAGUUGAGGAAUCACGACGAGAAGCGCUGCUUGGUGCCAUUGCUCAUCUCUACAUAGCAGCUGAUGACCAGUAUGUGAUGGUGAAUAUUCCUGAGGAGAAAGAGAGUGAAAUAAAGGAAGCUAAGAGCAAAAGAAUCAGCCGUAGGAAAGCCGUUCGACUUGCAUUCAGAGCCACAGGGACACUAGCAAAACAGAAGAUGUGUAGAGUUCAGUGAGAGACUCAAUAAUGAUCAAACUUAGACUUUGGGCUUUUUUCUUGCUAAUGAAUUUUCUUCUUGUUCAUCUAUGAAAUCAGA